GAGGAGACACUUUCUCUAACUCCUGACUGUUUCAUCAUGGGGCGCACAACCUUUUCCUUCAUCUUUCGGUUGUCUUGUUUUCCACAACCGGGCAUUGAUUCUUGGCCAAGUGUCGCAUGACGGGGAUAGAUUAGAACGGGAAAUGAUGCGAUUCAACGAGGGAAGGACGUUUGGGCGAUCCACAUGACCGUCAUCGUCAUGUCUCCACUCUCUCUCUACUCUUUGGUUCCUCCACCGCCUCCGCCGUCUUCCUCCGCUUCUCUGCAACUACACCACAGCGAAGGCUUUCUUAGCCGCCUCAAAUUCGAAGCGGCGUUCGCUUCUCUACCUCUCUCCGCUUCAUCUUCGCAGCAGCCGAAAGUUGUGGUCACCAGAGAACGUGGAAAGAAUCGCAAGCUCAUUGAUGCUCUGGUUAAACAUGGGAUUGAUUGUCUAGAAUUUCCUCUCAUUCACCACAUGCACUUACCUGAUUUGAAUAGGCUUCCCACAGUACUGAACCAGAACAUGUUUGACUGGAUUGUCAUAACUUCACCGGAGGCUGGACAGGUUUUUCUGGAUGCUUGGGAGGCUGCUGGAACCCCAAAUGUCAAGGUAGGUGUUCUUGGGGCUGGCACAGCAAGCAUAUUUGAUGAUGUCACUAAGUCAUCAAAAUCGUAUCUUGACGUUGCGUUUGCACCUUCCAAAGCAACUGCUGAGGUUUUGGCUUUAGAGCUUCCAAAGUGUAAGAAUAAGAAGUGCACUGUUUUAUAUCCUGCUUCAGCCAAAGCCAGUGGCGAGAUUGAGGAAGGCCUUUCAAAGCGUGGAUUUGAGGUUACUCGGCUGAAUACAUACACAACGGCAUCUGUCCAACAUGUUGACCAGGAUCUUUUAAAAGAAGCACUCUCUGCCCCUGUUAUUGCCGUGGCAUCACCUUCUGCCAUCAGUGCAUGGGCUAAUCUCAUUCCAGCAUUGGAGCUGUGGGACAAUGCUGUUGCAUGCAUUGGCAAGACAACUGCUUCAGCUGCUAAAAAAAUUGGGUUCAAGAAUAUAUACUAUUCUAGAAAUCCUGGUCUUGAGGGGUGGGUUAAAUGCAUUCUUGAGGCAUUGAAUGAACAUGAAUAAAUCCAAAGCUUUCCUGCCUUUUUGAAUUGGUGGGCUAGACCAGGUGAUUAGACUUGCAGUUUUAAAACCGUGCAAGGAGUUCUAGCUUAGCACUCUCCAUAGGGUUCUGAAACUAGGCGUUUGGAGCUCACAUUUACUUUCGAGAGUACAAUUUUUGCUAUUAAGGAGCUAUGCACAUAUACAUCUGGCAAUAUGUUCUUGGAUGAUGUAACUGGGACAUUUUGUACAAUAAUCAUUACAAUAGAUUUGAUUGAUAAUGCAUGAAUAAUUUUGAUAUGUUUCCCUAGUUAAACUGUAAAGAAUUCCUUUUAUUCUCUUAUUGAGUAUCUUAUUGAUUCAAUAUACAGAUGACAUUGGGAAUUAGAGUACUGUUGGAAUACCACUAUUGCACUGAUGUGGCAACAUCAAGCAGCCCAGAACAGAAGUUUCAUGCUGUUCACGGCAUCCCUUGUAAUGGAGUACCUGCAAAUGAACCAAGUGGUGUUGACGGCAUGGAGAGCCUUCUGCACCUCCUCACGGUUGAGGAAGGAGGAGAUUCACUGUGUUUAGCUCUCUGGGUGGGAGUUGUCCAUUGAUGAAUGAGGUGAAGACUACAAGUGCACGAGCUGGCUGGUAACUGGGAACAAAAUGCCCAGAUCCUCUUACUGUCACCAAUGUCAAGUUCUCAUACUCCACUGCAUAUCCACCCACCUGAGUACCAAACAAACAUCCUUUAUAGGCUAAAAAACACAUUAUUUGUCCCAUAGAACUAACUAUACUGUGGAGUAUUUCUAAAUUUCAGGUCGUUACCUCUCCUCGGAGAUACCAUGGGUACCAGGAAGUUUUAACCGAUGCCCCGAGUUUCUUUAUGGAACGUCUAGUGUCUGUCAGUGGCAUUACACUAUCUGUAUCUCCACUGCCAAUUAAACAGAUUUCUCAAGAACUAAUAGUAUGGUAACUAAAUUAAGGAAAAAUCUACCAUGGUUUGUGCUAUUCAAGGUAAAAUCUCUCUUUGUUUGUUGUAUUA